GCGGACGGACCGCAGCAGGAUGGCGGCGGGUGGUUCCGCAGAGGAGACGCUGACAGAAGAAGUGAAGGAGAAACGACAGAUGCUUCACGGGGCAGCCUUCCUCACCACCGUGGCGUCGGCCGGGCUGAUCGCAGGCUUCGGCUCCACGCUGGCGCUGGUCAAGAAGAAGAACCCCGACUGGUUUCAUAAGGGGGCGGUGCCGACGGCAGCGCUGCCGGAGAGCGGGGCGUCGCUGGCGCUCCGGGCGCUGGGCUGGGGCUCGCUGUUCGCUGUGGGCGGAGUCGGGCUGCUCUGCGUCGCCGUCUGGAAAGUUCUGGAUGUUCACUCUCUGUCGGAGUUCAGACUGAAGAUGCAGUCCGUCUUCCCCUCCAUCCCGAAGUCGGCCGAGGCCACAGCUGGAUCUGAACCUCUGGACUGGGACUCUGUCUUCAAGUCAAAGUGACGUCCUCCUGCUGCUCCACGACCAAUCGGAUGAGAGCAAAAUAUCGACAUCCUGCUCCACAGGUGACCGGGUUAAUCACUCCAUCACCGUCUCCUCGGGCCUUUCUCCCGCUGCUCCCGUUCCCCGGAGCUCCACCGGGUCCACAACACUUUGUUGUUUCAGUAAAACACAUCAACACAUAAAGACACAACAUGUGCACAUGAAGCUCAUCACCUGUUGAACUGGAUCUGACAGAUAAUCAGUGAGAGACGGAGACGACCUUCGACCUUCAGGUCAAAACCAACCGUGAUGAUCUGCUGCUGCCAAUUCAUCAUCUGAUAAGAACUGAAUCAUCACAUAAAUACAACUUCUGCUAGUUGGUGUCAUGACCUCAGUCCACGAAGAGGAGGCUGAGCUGAAGGACUGGAAACAACAAGUGAAAACACACACACGUAGACACACACGCACAGACAUACACACGUACACAUACUGACACACGCACAAAGACACACUGUGUGUCUGUGGUUUUCUUUUUACUUAAGAUGAGUUAAUUGGUAAUUUAAGCAGCUGUUUGUAACAUAUGUAACGUCUCCACCAAUAAAAAGUUCCCUGACGUGUU